AUGCCUCGCGGAGCCACCGAAGUCACCAAAGUCUUUUACAAGGGCAGCACCGAUGACUUCAUCGUCUUCAUCGAAUCUCCCCAAGACCUCAAAGCGUGGAAAGCCGACCAGUCAAUCCCCUUGGCCCAGGUGGUGAACAGCUUCAAGAUCAUGGUCACCCACAAGCACGGUGCGCAGGGUCAGCUGGACGGUGCGAGCAAGGCCAGUCUGGAGAAUGAGUUUGGCACCAGCAACGAAGACGAAGUCAUCAAGAAGAUCCUCAUGGAAGGCCAGGUACAAACUGUGGCGAAUCCGGAACGAGGAGGUGACCGCAACGAAACCAUGGGUCCUAGACAAGGACAUCCCACCGCAUAG